AUCCUCUCGCGAGAUUUAGAUUUCCCCUUCCCUGCAUCGGUUACAGAAGUUUGAGAAGGAAGCGGAGAGAAACUACGGAGCUGAUGUGAUCGGGUGCCAGCUGAAAAGCAUUACAGGCAGCAGCAGCAGCAACAAUCUGUCUGUUUGUCUGCCUGUUAGAAAAUCAUCCUCCAUGAUGGAGGCAGAGGCAGACUCUGCUGCAGAGAUGAAUGGACAAGAGGAAGCCGACACUGAUGGGGAGGACAGCGCUAGCCAGUCCGAUUCGGAAGAGGAGAGUUCUGAUAUGGAUGACCUCGAUUGUGAACGCCGAAGAAACGAAUGUUUAGAUGAGAUGUGUCACUUGGAAAAGCAAUUUUCAGAACUUAAAGAGAAAUUGUUUAAGGAACGCCUAAAUGAACUAAAGGCCAAAUUGGAGGAAGUAAAUUCAGGCAGAGCUAUGGAGUAUAUUAACCCUUUAGCAGAACUGCAGAAGAACAUGAAAAUUAGGAUAGAAGUUGCAGGUAUUUACAAGGGCUUCUGUCUGGAUGUCAUAAAACAUCGCUAUGAGUGUGAGGUGCAGGGAGCUAAGCAGCACUUGGAGAGUGAGAAGGUUCUCCUGUUUGAUAACAUGCAAUGUGAGCUUCUGGAGCGCAUCCAAAGACUAGAGGAGGACCGACAGAGUAUUGACAUCUCAUCAGAAUGGUGGGAUGAAGAACUGAGAUCCAAAAGGAACCGCAAAAAGUGGGAUCCCUUCCGGUCAGAGAAAAAGAGGAGAGUUCCCUUAGUCUCUGGUCCAUAUAUUGUUUACAUGCUGCGGGAUUUGGAUAUCCUAGAAGACUGGACUGCUAUCAAAAAGGCCAAAGCAGCGGUUUCACCACAAAAGAGGAAAUCUGAUAAUGUAAAAGCUGAGAAGCAGCAUUUCAGUGCUCGCUGUGAAGAUGGCUGUCUUUAUUAUGAGGGAGAGAGCUUCACCAAAGGAGAGGCUAUUAUCUUAGAUAUGAAGGAUGAACCGCCAUCACAGGCAGUUAUCACGGCAGUCAGCACAGGAGAAGUAUGGCUCAGGAGAGGAGACAGCAGCAAGACAAAGAUCUAUGUGUCACAGCUACAGAAAGGCAAAUACUCAGUUAGACGAGCAGGAAAAUAAAACUUGGUUCUCUUUUGUUUUAUAUUUUUCCAAUUUCUGGCUUCCUGCUUUUUGGGCAAUUGAUGGAUGUAAUAUUGAUUAGUUAAUGUAUAAAUAUAGCUAGAAUACAUAAUGCCCCUAUGUAACAACAUUCUUAUUUAAAUGGAGGCUAGUGAAGUAUAUGACCCCAUUUAUUGCCAUUGUCCUUGUAAUGUUACAUCUGUAACUCACCUGGGCGAGUCGAGAGCUUGUCUGUAUUGCUGGGGCAGUCAGGCAGUAGAUCUUUUGUAAGCUUCUUAGUGUUUUUUCACAUAGAACAGGUUUGUAUUUAAUUGCGGUAUAUCAAUAUUGUGGAUGCAUAAGUAAAUUCUUAAAUAGGCAUUCCAGAAAUAACUCCUCUGCAUUUCCCAAGCUCGGGGAGGGGCUCCCUUACAUUAUAAACACAGCCACUUCUCAUUAAUAAUAAGAGUCAAUCAAUCUGGGAUCAAAAGUAAUAUUUAAAAAUGAUAAAAUUGUGCUUCUUUCCAUUCUGAAAUAUUAAUGAUUUGGCUAAUUAAUGAUCAACAAUGACAGUGAAUCAGACUUUAGCACUGUUGCUUAACAACCGUAAAAUAUAUUUUAUUUCUCAGUAGCGUAACAAUAGACUCCAUUUACUCAAAUAACAUUUUAAUAAUUGAUUUCCUUUUUUCUGUAGAAAUUAAACUGACCUUAUACCUAAUCCAGUCUAAUAUAUAAUUAAUUCUUAUUGGUAGCAGAACAAUCCUAUUAAUUAAUAUUUUUAAUUAAUAUUUAAAUGAUUUUUAGCAUGAUUAUAGGACUGAGAUCCAAAUUAUGAAAAGACCCCUUAUCCAGAAAACCCCAGAUCCCAUGCAUCCUGGAUUACAGUUCCCAUACAUAUGCACAUUUGGAGUGCUAGCGGGUUCCAGUGAUGAAAAUGCUGCGACAUGUCCCUAACUUGCAAUCUUCUUAAUCAGUUACAAGGUUAUAAAAUACAAGGAGUCAUUUUUUUAAAGGUUAUAAAUUACUAGAAGUUACAGCAAUAAUUAAUAUAUUGUAUAUAUUAUACAAUAUUUAUACUAUUUUAUAAAUAUAAUUGUAUUAACAUUAUUUAUUACAUAGUUAUAAUAUGCAAUUUUUACAGUAGAUUGUAGCGGGUCUCUGAUUUAUUGUUUUUAUUGAUCAGUAAUUAAAAGUAUGUCAAGGACUUAUAAAUUGGUUUUAUGGAAAGACGCUUAACAAAAGCAAAGUUUAAUAUGGUUACAAAAAGACUUUUCUUCUGUAGAAAAUCCACAUUCUUUCCUUGCACUUGGCUGUUUCUAAAGAGAAAGUUUUUAUAACUCAAUUUCUAUUGAACUGUAAAAAUGAAUUUGUAAAUGUUAUAAUAUGCCGUUUCAGGGGACAGCUUAGAUCUUCCCUGUAGCUAUGUUUUAAGGUAGAAGAUUUCUAGAAAAGCAUCUGGCUUUGCCACUAGAAGAGGUGAAUGUAUGGAAGAUAUUGUUGGAUGGUAUAAAAAAGUGGAGUUGUAAAUCUGGUUUCAAAGCGAUUGCUCCAUAUGUAUAAAAGAAACAUGGCCUCAUUUCCUAUGAAUGGGUAAGAUGCUUAUAGCAAAAAACAGUUCAAUAUUUUUUUGUAAAUAAUGUGCAGAUAGCUACAGUGUUUGCACCACUGUCUAUAGUCUGCAGUUUUCAUUUCUGUCACAAUGGGAGUCAUGCCAGCAUGAUUUGGACAUUUUCUUGUGGCUACCUUUUGCAUUAAGUGCAUGUGAAUAAUAAGAAAAGCUGAGUGCAAAGGGAACACUGUGCUUAAUGUCUGAUCAAUGGCAAGUGUAAAUUACAGGGCACAUUCCGCCUUAAUCAAAAUCAGUAGGCACGAAAAGCACUUACAAUUGUGCUGCUAAAUUGAGUCAUUGGGCAAGAUAUACCGAUACACAUAUGGGCCAGUUUUUGGGCCCUGAAGUGCACCUACUCAUAGGGGCCCAUUUAUCAAAGUCUGAAUUUCGUGCACGAAAAUAUUGUGGUACAAUCCGUAAGUUCUGAAAUUUUCGUAUCCGAACGAUCGUAAAUGGAACGAAAAACUUUCUGACUUUGAACCUUCAGUGCAUGAUUUUGGAAGCCUCCCAUAGGACUCAAUGGCACUCAGCAGCUCCAACCUGGCUCAAGGAAAGUCACAAUACCAAAGCUUGAAUGAAUCCUAAACUUUCAUAGUUGUUGUGACAAAUAUGAUUUUGUUGCAGAAAUUCACGCAAAGUACGAAAAAGUCACGGAAAUUAACGAAAAAAAGGCAAAAAUACGCACAGUUCUAAAACUUAGGAAAAAUACAAAUUUUUCCCAUACAUUGAUAAAUGUGCCCCUUAGUAAAUGAGGCCUACAAGCUCCAUAUAAAUCAGUGAAAUGGUUUCACUUUCUUUACAGUGAGCAAUUGCUUUAAUUCCUCUUCAUUUUUAUAUGCAAUACCAUUAGAAUGUUAAAAUGUUCUACACUAUUUUGUGUGUUCCCCUGUUUAAUGUAGAUGGGUUAGUUAGGAAGAGGUGAUUUGGGUAUAAAUAUAUAUGAGAAGGCAUGCCAAGUAAUAGAGCACAGACUUGGAUUACAUAAUACAUAGGAGCAAAGGCAAAAUUCAUUUUUUCCUCAAGCUGGAAUAGAACAGAACCAUACUUUCUAGAGAAGCCAAUGCACACAAUAUAAUAAUACCUGUUAGGAAAAGAGGUAUGUUUUCAAUCUAUGUUUUAAAUCUAUGUUUUAUAUCUUUAGUAUCAAAAGCUAGUAAUACAAAACCCAUAUAUCUGGAGCUGCACAUACCACCCGGCCUACAGAAAGCUAAGAAAUGAGCAAAGCGAACACAAAUGAGAAACCCAAACUCUUUAGAACAAAACCCUAUAUCAGUGGGGUUCUAGUGUGCAGAAUUAGCAGGCAUGUCUCAAUACAUUAAUGAAGCAAAGAGUAGUUUCAUAUUGCAUCCUAGCAGAGCUUCAGUUGCAGUUGACUUGCACCGUGUCACUUCUGCCUAUACUAAUAAUAGGCUCACAUAUGAUCAACUUAUAUUGGGUUUGAUUUGAUUGUAUGCUAGUGCCUAUUAGAAUGGGCUGUCCCAUACGAUAUAAGGUAUGCGACAAAGAAUAACGUAGAGCUAGUAAUAUCUGGUAAAUAAUUAGUAAUAAAUGGCUGGCUCUGUUUAUGGAUGAUUGUUGUGGUGCAGUUGCUGUAAAAUUUUGUUACACAGGUUCUAAAUGUGGCACUGUGCAUUAGUUUCCCCAUUUCGGUGCAAAAUAGGUGCCCUUUUUAUUUGAUUUUUUAAAAUUUAAAGGAUCUACAAUACAGUCCAGAAGGAACACAUUUGUUUCUUGUAAUACAAUAGAUGGAACUUACAGGCAUGUGGAGAUGCUGAAUUUACAUUCAACUAAAAUAUGGCUGUGUAUGGUGAAGCACCGAGUCCAGCAGGAACUCCAGUCUGUGCCGGCUCCCAGCUCCAGUGUGGAAACAAUUUGGGUGGAAAAUAGGUGGCAUGUAAAUAUCUUGUUCAGGGGAUGUGUGUAAGUACUAUAUGCAGAAACGGAUGGGAAUUAGAAUAAUGUUAUUAUGCAGUUUUCCUAAUAUUGUAUAAUUAUUUUACUAUAUUUACAUUGCUUCUGGCAAAAUGAAAGAUAUGUAUUUUUUUUAACCAGCUGAAGUAGUGCUUAAUAAAUAGUAGUGUUUUAAA